AUGAUUAAUGAUAAUCUUGGACCCAUAAUCAACAAAAACGAGAUUGGUAAUUUAAACUUAAAUCCAGCUCAUUUUAAUGCAAUACACUUAAACGCACAAAGCAUAGCCCCAAGAUCGAACUCAACUAAACUAGAAGAGAUACGUAGUCUAUUUGAAGAUAAAAUCUUUCAAGUCAUCGGUGUAUCGGAGACAUGGCUGAAUGCUUCAAUUUCAGAUGCAGCUGUUCACAUAGAUGGAUAUCGUGUUUAUAGAAGUGAUAGGUUGGUACAAAGAGGAGGAGGUGUCUGUGUAUAUGUUAACAACGCGCUUAAAUCAAGAGUAGUGUAUGAGAUUAUGGAUGAAGGUAUAUCUGAGGGUAUAUUUGUUGAAAUUGGAGGUACUGGCGAAUCUAAAAUAUUAGUUGGUGUUCUGUAUUUGCCUCAUGGUGGAAUUGAUAGUUGUGAAACAUUGUUGGCAGAGUACACAGCUAGGUAUGAAAGGGUGGUAAUUAUGGGUGACUUCAACGUAAAUUUGUUUGAGAAUGGUAUUCGAAUGAGAGAAUUGUGUAGUAGAAUGGGACUAGAUAUCAUACACAAUGUAUCACCUACACAUUUCAGCAUAGGCUCCCAAAGAUGUUCUCUAUUGGACUAUUAUCUACUGUCAAAUUCAAGUUUAAUUGAAAAGAGUAUGCAGUUCCAAUUUCCAGCCCUAAAUUCCAACCAUGCUUUGAUUUGUUUAUCUCUUAAUAUUCCAACCACCGCCGAUACCGAGUCAAGAUUCAUUAGGGACUAUAGCUCGUUUAAUUUUGAAAAUUGCGCUAGAGAUGUGAAUAUGAUGGAUCUGAGUGGAAUGUAUAGUACAACUGAUGUAAAUUAUCAGACUGUCUUUAUGAAUGCGUUGGUAUUGGAAUUAUAUGAUAGGCAUAUCCCCCAGAAGCUGUAUAAGAAGAAACAAACAGCUAACUGGAUGAGGGCUUUCGAAAUCCAAAGCGCACAAGAGCAAAGAGAUUUGGCCUUUAGAGGUUUUUUGGAAGAUAGAACCGAAGGACGUUGGCGUGUGUAUUGUAAAUACAGGAAUAGAGCCAAACGUAUAAUACGGAAACGUAGAGGCAUAUUUUUUACCGAAUUAUUUCAAUCUACUACGCAGUCCCAAACAUGGAAACAACUUAAGAACUUAGGUGCGAACGGCAAUAGUUCACGUAAUCUUGCUGAUAAUGAUGUGGACGUUGAGGGAUGUAAUAUUCACUUUUUGUUACCGCCACCUAGUGGUGCCCCAAGGUUAAUGCAUGUUAAUUAUAGUGGUGAGAGGCCGCUAAAUGAAUUUGAUUUUCAUCCAGUGGAUGAGACAGAUGUGUGGAAUGCGUUGAAUUCAAUUAAAUCUAACGCUGUUGGAGUUGAUGGGGUUCCAAUAAGAUUUUUAAGAUUGAUAUUUCCUCUCAUUUCAAGAUUAAUUGUACACUUAUUCAAUAAUAUACUGAUGACUUCCUCCUAUCCAGAUGCUUGGAAAAUUGCAAGGGUAGUGCCCAUACCAAAAAUUAGCAGACCGACAACGCCAAGCGACUUUAGGCCCAUUAGCAUUCUACCGGUGUUCUCCAAGAUCUUUGAGAUUUUAUUGAAUAGACAGAUUGUUGCUAGUCAAACUGUAACAAGAUUAUUUUCAAAUUUUCAAUCUGGCUUUAAGAGACACUUUAGCACAACAACACUGAUGGCAAGUUUAAUGGAUGAAGUGAGAAGGAAUAUUGAUAAUAAAUCUGUUUCGAUCUUAGUAACUUUGGACUUGACUUGUUCGCUUAUUGCAUCAUUUCUUUCCUCUCGUAGACAAUUUGUACAAGCUGGUAAUGCUUUGUCUUCAACAAGAGAAGUUGUCAGGGGGGUACCUCAAGGGUCAGUAUUGGGACCUUUAUUUUUUAGUAUGUAUGUCAAUGAUAUAUUCGAUACUUUACAUGGCGUUGUUGGACACAUGUAUGCCGACGAUUUUCAAUUGCUUGUGUCUGCAGGAAGAGAUAAUACUAGGGAACUGAUAGCAAGACUUCAGACCACAUUGAAUAAUAUUGAGACUUGGUGUGCUGAUAAUUUUAUAGUUCUAAAUAUAUUAAAAUCUAAGGCAAUGGUUUUUAACUAUAGUGGAAGUUAUAUUCCAGGUGUUGUAAUAAGGAAUGAAAUGCUGGAAUAUGUCAGCUCGAUAAAGACAUUGGGUUUCUAUAUAGAUAAUAGACUAAGUUUCGAUGUCCACAUUAAUAAGGUUUUGUCAAAUUUAACUUUCGGUCUACGCAAGCUUUACAGCAUUAACGGAUAUAUGCCACUAAAAAUACGCAUACGCCAAAGUUGUGCUCUACGCCAGCAGCAAUGGCCUCAGGAACUGCCGCUGCCAACGCCGCCGCCGUCGUCGUAUGACCGAAAAAGAGGCUAUAAAACUAAUUGA